AUCAAAUUAUAAAAAAAGAUUUGUAUCCCUUUAUUCCUUUUGCUUUUCCCUCGGUAUCAUUCUUUUUGUUUUCUCAAUAAUUUUCACAUUAUUAUUUACGCAACUUUAUUCUUCACAUUAGUGAUCUGAUUUACAUUACCACACUACGCAAACACACGCCUAUCUUUAUUAUCAUGGAGUUUGAUUACGAGAAGCUAGUUUCCGCCACGGAUGGAUUCUCUCCUUCACGUCUCAUCGGCAAAGGAAGCCAUGGCUACGUCUACGAAGGCCUCCUUCACGAAGAACAUAACAGAGUCGUUGCCAUCAAGACACCAUCCUUGUCCUUAUCUCGAUCAUCACAACCAUCCUCUCCUCUUAUCACAAAAACAGAACAGAUGAAGAAACUAGAAGACGAGAUCAAGAUCAUGUCCUCUCUCCCUUAUAACCCACACGUCUUGACCUUCCUAGGCCACGCCGAGAAACGACUCAUGGUCGUUGAGUACAUGCCAAACGGAUCUCUACACCAGCUACUCCACGUGUCCUCCUCCGCUACUCCUCCUCGUCCCACGUGGCUUAAACGCAUCGAGAUCGCGCUAAAGAUCGCACGUGCGGUUCACUUCCUUCACGAGCAAGGCAUCCUCCACCGUGACAUCAAAUCCGAUAACAUCUUAUUCGACUCCAGCUGGGAGCCGAAGCUCGCCGACUUCGGACUCGCCGUGGACUUGGUAGCUGAGAAGAAGGCACCGACGGCGCCGGCGGGAACCAUCGGGUACCUUGAUCCGAGUUACACGUCGCCGGAGAAGCUGAGCGCCAAGACCGACGUUUACAGCUACGGCGUCGUUUUGCUGGAGAUCGUUAGCUGCAGGAAAGCGAUCGAUGUCUCUCGCUCUCCGGCUUCGAUAGUGGACUGGGCGGUUCCGUUGAUCGAAGAGGGGAAGAUCGGAGAAAUCUGCGGCGGCGGAGGAGGAGGAGGAUCGGGUGUUUUCGUGGAAACGAAUCUUCGGUUGUUGAGGAUGGCUGCGCGGUGCGUGUCCUCCGACGUGGAGUCGCGUCCGUCUUCCGGGGAGAUCGCGGCGGAGAUGGUGGCGUGUUUGACUGAACCUGUGAGGAGGAGUUUGCCGUUGUGGAUCAGCUUCUUUCGCGGGGUUGUUAAGCUGAAACGCAGGAAAAAACGGUUGAGAGAGAGGAUGACGUGGCCGGGUCAAACUUGUCGCGUUAGGUGAACUGGUCAAAUAUCGGGCCGGGUCUGGGCUUAAGAGGAUGAUUACAAAAAGCAAUCAUCCAAACAGAAGAAGGUUUUGAUGGUGAAGCACAAAAUAUAACAAAGCAUAUUAUUUGGCCUUUUGCGUUUUAACUAGCAUUCAAAUCCUCGUAAAGAAGAUUAAAUAUUAUAUCACUUGCCUAUAUCAUAUGUUAUCUGCAAUGAAAUAACCAAUUUUUUUAUUGGGGAUUCUUGUAGUUUUGAAUUAACUUUCAUAAUUGAGUAAAAUCUUGUGCAAUA